UUGGAAUGACAGACAACCCUGACACACGGACACAGCUCGCAGUCUCCCUGGUCAUGUAGGUCCAAUAUCCGUGUCUUUCACGGUCUCCCCAAAAUCCUCCUCGCCGGUCUCGGUGCCGGCAGCCCCGAGAGCAGCUCCAGCACAGGAUGGAGCAAGAAGCCUAAAAACUUCAUUCUGCAGAGAGACCUCUAGUGUUUUUCUUUCUCCACGUCCUGGCAGAGUUCCUCCAAAGUACAAAUACACACAGAGCUCCCAUUGUUUGCAGCCCUUCACAAGCCCACUGAUCCUAAUAUGGAAUUCAGCAGGAAACCCAUGAUUUCCUGACACACAGCAAGCUGGAGAAAGAAAGGAAAAACUCCAUUAAAAACCUCCAGGCUCUCCUCCAUGUUAGAAAUGAAAUGGAAAAUGGAGUGGAUUUAACAGGAAUCCCUGAUUCCUGCAGCCAGGCUGGAGGAAGGGAGACGCGAAUCAAAGCCACAGGCUGCUGAUAUUUUUUAAAUCGCAAUAAAUACUGAGAACUCCAGGACAGGAUGAGGAUUUCCUGACUCGGACGAACAAGAAAGGACAGAUCGCACUUUUUUAUUAUAUUCCUCUCUGUAUAUUUAAUUUAUUCACCUCGAUGAUCCUCUUGACUGAUCUGGCAAUUGUUAGAAGCGGCUGUGACAGCCUGGAAACAUUAGUAUGAUUUCCUGAGUUUCAGAUUUGCUGCACCACCAUCCUCCCCCCCCCCCCCACCUCCAAACUCAGGAAAAGUCAAUACAAUCGCACUUCAUUUUUCCUUCAUGUGCACUUGGAAGUCCUGGGAGCAGCAAGAGCAGCAGCAGCAGCAGCAGCAGCAAGAAUGAACUGCAAGGAAGAAGAUGACAACUGCACUGACGGGAGCAGCAAUAACACGAAGAAGAUGUUAAAAUGUGUGGUGGUUGGGGAUGGUGCCGUCGGGAAAACCUGUUUGCUGAUGAGUUAUGCCAAUGAUGCCUUCCCAGAGGAGUAUGUGCCCACAGUGUUUGACCACUAUGCAGUAACUGUGACUGUGGGAGGACAACAACACUUGCUGGGACUUUAUGACACUGCAGGGCAGGAGGACUACAACCAGCUGAGACCCCUGUCCUACCCCAACACAGAUGUGUUCUUGAUCUGCUUCUCCGUGGUGAACCCUGCCUCAUACCACAAUGUCCAGGAGGAGUGGGUGCCUGAACUGAAAGUCUGCAUGCCCAAUGUGCCUUACGUCCUCAUAGGAACACAGAUUGAUCUCCGGGAUGAUCCCAAAACUUUGGCUCGGCUGCUUUACAUGAAGGAGAAACCACUCACCUAUGAGCAUGGCGUGAAGCUAGCAAAGGAGAUUGGAGCACAGUGCUAUCUGGAGUGCUCAGCCCUAACGCAGAAAGGUCUUAAGACUGUCUUUGAUGAAGCAAUCAUGACCAUUUUCCACCCCAAGAAAAAGAAGAAGCGUUGUGCGAAGUGCCACAGUUGCUGCACCCUUGUGUGAAGUCACUUGGAAAGAAAAGUGAGACGAGUUCAGUGAAACCAAGCAGGUUAGAAAGGCAAUGAAGGUCACAUGCAACUGAAAUGGGGAACAUGACCAGAAAAGGGUCCUUCUUACCCAAAUGUAGGAGCCCUCCAUUCUGUGAAGCCUCCAAGCUGUAUCACACUAGGCCGACUCAUGUCUAUGUGCUUUCCUAACCCUCCAGAGCUGUUCCCACUCCUUCAGACUGCCCUGAGCCAACAGAAACCAGGAUUCCUGCUCCUGCUUGACUCCUCUCCUUAGGAAUAAGGUGAAGGUGCCGUGUGGAAAAACAAAGAACUAAAGGUGGUAAAAGAAACAAGAGAAACUCCAUUCGUGGCCUUAAGCAAGAAUAGAUCAAAAUUAGGAAUCUGCAGUACUUAGGAAUUGAAUCUGAAUUGACUGAAAGCACAUGGAGGUCUGUAGAAAUCUAAUAUGUAAGAUAUACACUAUAGGUAGGAUGCACUUUUAAAUUACUUUGCUUUUAUAAGACUUGCUGGUUCAGGAUAUACUUUAGUUUGUUCAAACCACAUGGAAGCGAAGGUGGAGUGAUUCUAGUUUGUUUUCACUUGAUGGUGAAACUUCACAGCGUGAGAAUCUUGCUGCACCCAAGCUAUCAAAAUGGAUCAACAUUUACCUCCAGACUUAAGGAAUGUUCUUACAACAGAAAAAUGCAAAAAACUGUAUUUUUACAGGGGAAUGUUCAGGCUGAGCCACGUUUCCAUAAGCUGGGAAAGGAAGAACAGAGUUGUAGCAUUAAUGUACUGAAACAAAGAAAUUCUGCCACCAAAGAAUAUUGCCCUAGACAUGAAAUAGCAGUGUGGAACAAUCUCCUUUCCAAACUGAGAACAUGAAUGAGUCACAUUGCCAUGGCAACUGAAAAUCUACUUUAUAGAUCAGCUGGAUUUCUACAUCUCACCCAGCAGAAAAAAAGAAAAAGAAAAAAAAAUAGCCAAAGGUCAUACUAACUUCAAGUGCUUUAAAGUGAUCCACUUGCCUUAAGAUUUUUUUUUUUUUAAUGGAGUAUCUCAUGUAAAAGAAAGGUCCAAGUGGAGUUGUACACAUGUUGAUUUAUUGUAGUCUCCCUCCUCCCAUCCAUUACUUCUUUCUUUGCUCCCAUUUUUCCAUUUUCAUUACUGUGAGUGCUGUUUAAGUUGCAGUGUGGCUGCAGUCCUCAGGAGUGAGCUUUCAUACAAGUGGCAGAUGAUGGGCAGCAGCCGACAAAACAGAGAUGGGAAGUCCAGACCUUUGGAGAAGGUCUGAUGCCUGUCAGCUGUCUUUGCUGUUGAAAACAAAUGUGCCUUUUCACUAAAGCCUCUCUUGGGAGCCUGUACUUUUGCACGUCACAGCAACACGGAUGCUCAGAGGUGAACUCGAAGGGUGUUUUGUUACUUGCAUCUGCCACUGGGUACCUUGGCAAUGCCAAAAGACUGUCUUGUUAUGGAUUUCAUACCCCAAGCAGAAAAUCAUGGUGCCAGCAAAUAUAGAUUUCAAGAUCUCUGAUGGAACUCCUUGCACAGGCAGUGUCUGUAUGCAGUGUUUCCCAAGUGCAAGGAACAGCAGUGCACCCUCCCAGCCCAGGGACACGUGCCUUGCACCCCCAUGCCAGGGGUCAGCUCAUGUGCCGAUUACAUACAACGACCAGAAAAGCUCUUGUGAUUAGCAGUGAAUUAUAGACCCUGUGUUACUCAGAGCAAUUAGAAGUCUCAGCAGGUCCAUAGGACCUGCACCAUUGGUGCAGAGAAGGGAACAAGCGUGAUGCACUGCCCAGUCCUGCGGUCACUGAGGCUCAUGGAUCCAAGCUCCUCCUUUAGCGCAAAUUCAGUUUACCAUGCACCCCUACAAAAAUGAGAUCCGAUGCCUCAGAAUGUUUCCAGGUAGAAAUCAACAAUUCUCUCAGACAGAAGCGACCAAAUUUGAAGCUAACGCCUUGUUGCUGUUACCCAGCUGGUUUUCACUCUCCAUCUCUUUCCCGCUGCACACAAGCAGGGAUGAAAACAAAAUUGUGCUAAAUCAAAGACAGCCAAAGGAAAUAUUUCCUCACUGCUAGCAUUCUUUGUGCCUGUUUUAUAUUAGGUUUAGUUAUGUCCCAGCUAUUUGCUUCAAAUGGACUGGCUGAUAAAUCACAGCUCGGAGUGAGGACAGUGCUGGAGGCCAGCGAAGGAGCUCUUGUCAUGCCGCAGAGGCUGUGUUGCCAUCCCCAGGCAGAGCAGUGACUAGUUGCACAGCUGGGACACUGGCAAUCAGCCGAACUAUAAUGUAUAAAGAGAUAUUAGGGGAGUAUGAGGAAAACUAGGAGUGGAUUAAAUAUAUUAAAAUUUAGGGAAUGUUUUGGCUUAUGACAUAACUAGAAGUCCACUGAAACCAAGAAAAGAAAAAGAAAAAAGCUUUCAACAGAUUUCAGAGAAAAUUAGUGCUUCAUUGUGCUGCCAGUUACUUCAGUGGAAACAAAAAUAGGAUGAUUACUUUGGUUUAGCUUAUGUAGGUUGCUGUAGAGAGCCAGCCUAUAUACAAGUGUCUGGUUAAAGUAUGUGAAGUCUGUUUAGCUGAAGUGCAAAGCAAAACCUCAGGUUGGAUCUGCCAGAUAUUCUUGAAGCUUCACAAAAUACCAAGGAAAUAGAAAUCCAGACUGACAGCUGAGCAUAUCAUAAAAUAAUGAGCAAUAUAGGAUUCCCACCAUGCAUCAGAGAAAGCAACAAAUAGUCAAAUGAUAUUUUUGUGUGCUACCAAGUAUCAGGGGUGUCUAUUAUUACUAAUAGGAUGGCACAGGAUAGGUAUAUAAAAUCAAAAAAUCAAAUAGGAAGUUGUAGCAUUAAUGUAACUGCACUGGUUUGAGGAAAAUUACCUAAAACACCAUCUGGUAAUGUAGAAGCUAAAAUGAUACUGUCUUAAUGUAUUAAACUACAGCACCCUGCACAAAUCAUUGCAGAGCAGUGAAAGCAAAUAGAAAAAUAUUAACAUGCAUACCAAAAAUGUUGAGACUAGCAAGGGUUUUAUUUGCAUUUACAAAGCCAAGAACAUCAAGUUUGUGAGGCAGUAAAAUUUCAAGUUUUUCAAGCUGGUCGUGACAAAAAUUUGACAUCUGGGAGCUGCAAGGAAGGGAGAGUGGUCACAAUCCACUGAGAAAUAGCCUUUGCUCUCCUUUUAUUUUUAAUUUCUUUUCCAACAAAAAUAAAUGUUUUAAAAAUAGCCCUGGUUAGUGCAGGUCCCAUAAACAUUAUUCCUGUGUUAGGUUAUCCAUGCAACAUGGCACUGACUCCGGGAUCUGCCCUGUUACACCAUUAUUUUGGGGAGGCAGGAACAGCACAGGCAAAUGGGCUUUAGAAAGGAAUCGGAGGCAGAUUAAGGAGACUCUAUGUGGCAAGUCAUACCUAAUACCUUUACUAAAAGCCAACAGAUGGUGUGUGAACAGGCAGCAAAGCUUAUUUUCAGAAAUAGCAAAACACCAGACUCGGUGCAAGCAGAGCCAUAAGGCACCAGAUAGAAUCUUCAAGUUAUUUUCAAGCACCAUUAGUAACAAGAAAAGAAAAUUGGUAAAUGAUUGCCAGGUAAAAGGAGACAGGUUUUCUCACUGUAAGGUGAGCUAGAUAGAAAUCAAACUCUGAUUUAACCUUCAAAGGAACACCAUUAGGAGAGUUGUAAAGGCUAUAAACCAUACCAGGAACCUAUUUGACAAUGUGCCCUUAAUGCAACAGAUGUCAAAACCUUUCCUGACAGAGCUGCCUUUGCUAAUAGUCCACUAUCAUUUCAAACGGACUCACAACCUACAAGAAAUUUGCUGAACCCUGUAAAACCCAUCUCCUUUGGCCUCUUCUGAAACCUUAAUGUUCUUCCAGGAGUUGUUAACUUGAAGUUGUAGAUUCAAACAAAGAUCCCAAAGGGUUUUCAUGCAAACUCCUGCAAGGUGAUAUUAGAGAUGUUAGGUAUUAGGGAGAUAUCUCAAGACAUGGGAGAGUUGUUAUCACAUUAAAACAACCUAGAGAGGCACCUGCCCUUCAGAGCGCUGCUAAAAGAGCAGGCCAGUGGGACUGGGGCAAUCCUGUGCUAUAUCACCAUUUCCAACAUGAACUGAAGGAGGUCCCACAAAGACUUCCAUAGUUUGUCCUUUGCCUCUCAAAGCUCAAAAAAAGAUGGCAAGAAUGCAGAAAUGAAGCUUCAACCCCCAGCAAGUCAAUCCAUGAGUACUUGUUCAACUGGAUGUAAGUCCUGUGUAGUUACAUACUGCAGGAGCAAUGAGUAACAUGGAGCAGUUCUCAAAAUGAACUCCCUUUGGCUGUCCUAUUUGCCAAACACUCCCUGACCUUCUUUCUCUGCCCUGUAAAAAUCUACUGCUGCAGUAGAAUGCAAUUUAUGAAGAAAAGCCAACUACAAGCUCUUGCCUUACAUUGCCUUGAAUUAAGCAUGAUGUGAAUCCCUUGACUUCCACAUGGGCUGGACCUGACACUAAUCUUCUUGACCAUCGACAUGCUGGGAUACAGCUGGACAUGGAGGUUUAGUGUAGCAGAGAAAGGAGACUCCUCUCACUGGUGGGAACUGCAGAAUUCACUCAGAGUCCAGCAUGACAAUCAAAACAAUCAUUUCAGCAGCUGUCAUUGAUAUUUCUUACUUUUUUUAUUUUUAAAGUAUUGCCUCAGUUCAAAAAAAACCCACAGAAUUAAAUAUAUUUCUGCAUCUUAAUAUGCACUAAGGUUAUUCCAAAUACUUUAAUUAAGGGGCUGGAUUUUGGCAAUCUUCCUCAUACUGAAGGGCAUCUUACUUCACAAGGAAUUGUCUCCAAUUUCUUCACAUCUCAUUCAGUCCCAAUGACACCACUCAUGUUAACAAGGGGGUAUGAGUACGACCAUUGGUGACCUGCCCUUGUACCUAACGUAUAACAAAAUCUCUUCUAGCUGCUGUAGUGUUUGUGGCCUGUGUUCUCAAAAAGCAGUGAUUUCCCAUUCCCCACAUGCUGUACAAAUGACCUGGCAUUCUGUCAUGCUCAGCACCACUAUCUGAUGGUAUCUGCCAUCUCUAAGGAAGUGUGGUAGAGAAGAACCAAGAAAUUAGUUGGGAAAGGUGUCAAGCUUCAGGCAUGUUGCUACCCAAGCAAAGCAGGACUCACCCAGAAACUAUCACUGCAAUGUAACUUUAGGCAAGUGGGUAAAAACUCACCCUGAGGGUGGGAAGAUCACAGUAGCAGAGAGGAACAGGGUACAAACACUUCACUACUGGUGAUUGUCUGUUGACAAGGAUGCAAGAUCCCAUCCAAGAUCUUGUCCCAAGACUCCAGAGAUCCAAUUUAAGAACCCUUUAGAGAAGCUUGGGAAAGGUUACAGAAGUUCUUGCAAAAAAUUUCUGUUGCUGCCACCCAACACACACAACAAACAAUACAGUGGCCAAUUAGACUGAUUGACAUGUGUUUAGCAGAUGUGUUUUCACCAUGCGAGCUGCCAUGUCCUUUCAAAAAUGUCUCUCUAAUUCAGACAUGAAAGUUGCCCAUCUGCUUAUGUAGCUUAUUUACAGCCCUUGACCUUUUCUGUACCUUUUUUGCCUCAGUGACACAACAAAUGCUUCUCAAUUCACUACACCAAAACUUCGGCUGGAUUGAAAAUAAAUUGCAAUGGCACCAAUCCAUCUCAAGCCAGGCUUCUUUAAAAGCACAUUUGCCUUCUCCAGUGAAGCAAUCAACAUAUGCUCAUGUUUGCCUAGGGACCAUGGGACCAUUUGUUCAAUAAACAGGUAGAAUGCAGGAAUCUGGCUGCACAUGCCUUCCUUCUUGUAUUUUCCUUUUCCCUGAGGAUUUGUAAUAUGUUUUAUCCUACAUGAAAAAAAAAAUAUAUGGAAAUAACAGAAGCUUUUCUUGGUUCACAACUUGAUAGAACUGGAGGAGCAUCUGCUGUCACAGGAGGUGAGCAUGGAGUGACCUACGUCAGAAAACUUCUAGGCACAUUUGAGCUCUAUGUAAAAAUGAAGACAAAUCUCUACUAUAAAUGUUUAUUUUCAUCUUAGUGAAUAAAGACCCUCUGAAAGCAGGAAAAAGCCUCCUGCUGAUUUCAGUGGUGGCUUGUGAUCCCAGCUGUCUUCACCUACCAAAACAAAACAUGAAUAGAAAUAUUUUUGUAUCAAAAAGUUGGGACAAAUACACCAAUUAGAAGUAAUAAAAGCCAUAGAACAGCAUCUACACUUCUGGUUUGAGGAACAGCUGCAAAAUCAGGGCUUAGAACCACAAUUAGUUUGUUUGAUUCUAAAAUUAAAUUUCAUUUUAAGAUGUUAUGGGGACACUCAUAACUAGGAUGAAAAAAGUCCUCAAAUUCUCUUUUCUUUGUUUCAGUUAAAGCUUUCAGAAACGUGUGAACAAUAAUCUGUUUUUCCUGGGCAGUUCCAGGAACCCCACCAAAAGAGCAAAGAGUCAUUGUAAGAGGAAAACGAGCUCACAAACCUGUAUUUCUCAGAGCAAAAAGCAAAAAUCGUAUGAAUGGCUUUCAAUGGUGAAAAAUCUCUUUGAUGUUGAAAAUACACUAACAAAACUAACUCUGAGCAUGAUCCUCACUCUUCUUUCCAGAACGUGCACACCAUAAUGCAGUGUUUGGCUGCUUCUUCUAACUGUAAUUUUAGGGUGGGAUUUUCGAAGAUGCUGUAUGUUGGCUUUGUUUCAAUUCUCAUGAAGACAAUGGAAAAUUUCAAUGGGGUCCACACAUGACUAAUGUGGAAAGUAUUUGAGAGUCUUUACAUUUCCUCCUUUUCUGCCCUUUAUUGUGUCUGCCCAAGCUUUGAGCACACAGACACACUGAGCCAUGUCCAAGAAUCUUUUAUACCUUUUGACUGCUGGCUGUAGACUCCCAAAAGAAAUUAGGCAUCUGGAGACUUCACUGAUCUGAUCUUUAGCUUGAGCUUUGGAGACUGGGUUUGUAACUCCUGCUUUCAACCACUACUGGGUCUGAGGAUGAAAAUGAUUACACUAACAGUGUAAUAUUCAAGACAAACAGGUAUCUUUGCAGGGUUUGACACUGCACUCAUUGCUGUCAUUUAAUUUCAUCUCAUCCCAUUCAGGAUACCAGGUUUAAUUUCGCAUUUGGUUUUGCCAAAGGUCAGUGUGUGCUCUCACUGAUACCAACUCUGGCAAAUUUUGACUUUGAGUGAAGGUUAACGAAUUCAGAGGAAACAGCUGUCACCAGUCUACAGUUUCCAGAUCUUCCAGCACAACAUUUAUCUGUACUGAUAACAUGUAGAAAUUUUUGUCUGAUGUCUGUCAAAGUAGUUUGGGUGUGAGCCAUAUCCAUAGUAUGACUGUCAUAUUGUCUCUCCCAACACUUUUCCCCAAAAUAGGCAGCUGCUCCAACCACGUUACAGAACUGACAGGCACUGAACUGCCUUGUCAGUAUGGAGUAAAUGAGCCCAAACUUUCCCCAAACUUGUAAAUAUUAAAUCAUUAAUAAGCAAUAACAUAAAGCCAUGUAAGAGGGGAAAGACACUGGUAAAGUCUUCUUCACUCAUGAGCAGAAGUGAUCUAAGGUGGUGAGCCCAGGUUGCCAGGUGGCAUGAGCAUGGCCAAAGGGCUCAGAGGUGCCUCCGUGGAGUCACCUGGGGCUCAGCAGCACCUUGAGGUGGCUUCAAAGGUGGCUGCAGAGACAAGCAGGGAGAUGGACCUGAACGGUCCUCGAGUGCAAGGAAAACUGAAUACAGUUUAACCGGUUAUGAUGUUGAUGCACUUGUCAAAUACAAGCAUUUCACUGCAAAGAGAUUCUCUGCUCCCCUGAGAACUCGAUGAUGAGAAAAUUUCUUUCCUUUCUUUUUGUGUAGUACUUCAGCAACGCUUAAAAGUAGCAGCGCAACGAGGUAUUCUAACUGAAUUUGUGAAGCAGGUGUAAUGAUCUCAGCGCAAAUCAGGACCUAACACAUCAUCAGCCAGUUCUUAGCAAAUGAAGAAAAAGAGUCAUUUACUUUACUUGAUGUUAACAACCGAAUUUUUCUCUCUUAAAAGCUGCUUUGUGCAAUAUCACUGGACUAUGGGGCUGGUAAAACCAAAGGAUGAGUACUAAAACAUUGUGUUUGACUUUUGAGUGCUAUGUCUUUUUUUCAAAGAUUAACCAAAUCUUUAAAAUUCCUGUCAAAGCAAUAAAAUUUCAAACCAAUAAAGUUCAAUUUUCCAGCAAUUAUGUUUUGCAUACUUUAAAAAUCAUGUAAACAGUAUUAGUUUCCUAUUUACAGCACAUGAUUCUGUACUCUUUUGCUUAUCCUCUUUUAAACAUGUAAUUAUUGUAUAUUGUAACUGCACAUUAAUAUCAUCUAUUGUACAUAGUUUAUUUUAACAAAAUAAAUGUAUUACUGAGUAUUUUGACAGUUUCA